UCUAUCAGGGGAGGAGCUGUGACCAGCUCAGUGCAGGGGUUAUCAGGGCCCUGCACCUGGGAGCAGCCUCUGGCCCCCGUCAGCCCCAGCCCCCGUGUGUAGUGGUGCGUGUGUCUGGCCGUGUGUCCGCCCCUCUACAGCCCUGGGGCGAUGGCUUCUGUGCUGUCCCUUCGUGGGCCAGGGGAUGCUCACUCCUGCCUGGGUCAAGGCCGAUCCCCACGUCAGCGGCCCCGGGCUGUCGCAAGACCAUCGGUGGGGGCAGCUGGGGGAGUGGUCCGACAGACGAUCUUCGUCAACCGGAGCUUGGCGCUGGAGAAAAUCAAGUGCUUUGGCUUUGACAUGGACUACACCUUGGCCAUGUAUAAGUCCCCUGACUACGAGGAGCUGGCCUUCAGUCUGUUGCUGGAGCACCUUGUUGCCAUUGGAUACCCUCCUGAGAUCCUUGCCUACAAAUAUGACCCCACCUUCCCCACCCGGUCAGUUUGUGGAGGGUGUCCCAGAGAUGGGAGGGGAAGUGAGUGCCCCCCGCAUCCACUGACAGCUGUGUGGUGCAGGGGGCUGGUGUUUGAUGCCCUGUAUGGGAACCUGCUGAAGGUGGAUUCCCAUGGGAACCUGCUGGUCUGUGCCCAUGGCUUCCGCUUCCUCAAGGGAGCUGAAAUCCUCCACUACUACCCCAACAAGUUCAUCCAGAGGGAUGACAUGAAGCGCUUCCACAUCCUCAACACCCUCUUCAACCUCACAGAGGCCCACCUCUAUGCCUGUCUUGUGGACUUUUUCACCAACUGCUCCAGAUAUGUUAACUGUGACACUGGCUACAAGCAUGGGAACCUCUUCAUGUCCUUCCGCAGCAUGUUCCAGGAUGUGCGCGAGGCCAUGGACCAUGUCCACCUCUCCGUGGGUGCAGUGGGCAGGGGGCUGGUCGUGGGCUGCCUCAAGGAGAAGACACUAGAGAAUCUGGAGAAAUAUGUGGUGAAGGAUCCCCGUGUGCCACUGCUGCUGAGCCGCAUGAAGGAGGUGGGGAAGGUCUUCCUGGCCACCAACAGUGACUACACCUACACUGAUGCCAUUAUGUCCUACCUGUUUGACUUCAGCAAUGAGGACGAGGCUGACGUCCCACAGCGCCCCUGGAGGUCCUAUUUCGAUCUGAUUGUUGUGGACACCCGCAAGCCCCUCUUCUUUGCUGAGGGCACUGUCUUGCGCCAAGUGGACACGGACACAGGGAAACUGCGCAUUGGGACAUACACUGGCCCCCUCCAGCACUGCACUGUCUACUCUGGUGGCUCCUCAGAUGUGGUGUGUGACCUCCUGGGUGUGAAGGGCAAAGACAUCCUCUACAUGGGGGACCACAUCUUUGGGGACAUCCUCAAAUCCAAGAAGAGGCAGGGCUGGCGCACCUUUCUGGUGGUGCCUGAGCUGGCUCGUGAGCUGCAGGUCUGGACAGAGAAGAGUGAGCUGUUUGAGGAGCUGCGGAGCCUGGAUCUCUUCCUGGCUGAGCUAUACCAGCACUUGGAUAGUGGCAGUAGUGAGUGCCCAGACAUCAGCUCCAUCAAGCGUAGGAUCCAGAAAGUCACACAUGAGAUGGAUAUGUGCUAUGGAAAGAUGGGCAGCCUCUUCCGCUGUGGCUCACGUCAGACACUCUUUGCCAACCAGCUGAUGCGCUAUGCAGACCUCUACGCCGCCUCCUUCAUCAACUUCCUCUAUUACCCCUUCAGCUACCUCUUCCGGGCACCCCCUGUCCUGAUGGCCCAUGAGUCAACAGUGGAGCACUCUCGGCCAGACUCAGGGGACACGGUCACUGCCCUUCCGCCCUGGCUAGCCCAGCAUGGUGACCCUGGCCAGCAGAUCUCCCAGGACUCGAGUGGGGAGGAGGAAGAUGAUGGAGAAGCCUGACCACACCCCCAACUGCUGCCAUGCCCGGUGCCAGACCCACAGGAGGACAUUAAGUGGCCUUGGACCACUUGCACUGCCAGAUAGAAGCCACUCAUGGCCAACUACCACCUCUGGUGGCCACAGGAUAGCUGGUAGCCCUGAGUCACGGCCCCUGUCACACCUGUCCCUGGGCAGUUAGAACCUUCUCCUGACUGAACCCAGAGCCAGGAGACGGGCACCCAAAAUCCUGCUAGCUCCUAUAUCCUUUAUAUUCAUAUCUGUCUGGUACCCCUCUAACUCCUACCUCUCCCACCAGCUCAAUGCCUGCCUGGGGCUAUCCAAUGCUAGGGUGAACAGGCAGUGCCACUGCUACAGUAUUACUGGAGGCCCCACUGCAGCAGCUGGUGUCCCAGCAACUCCUGCCCCUUUAGCCUCUGGGCCUGGCCCUGAGCACUGCAAUGCUGGGUGGAGGGGGUGGGGCUGUGGAAGUGACAGCUGUUCCAGUGGAACCCCCUUCACCUGCUGUUCCCCCUUUUCUAUUUAUAAAAGAUACUCAAAACUCCUGGCACCGCAGAGACAUAAAACUGGCUGCUUUAAAGGAAAAGUGCUUUGUCCUUGCACCUGAGAGGUGGGAGCAAAGGGUAGUCUCCAAAUCCUUGUCCAGCAGCGGGGACAAGCACGAGCCCCUGGGGAGAAGGGGUGGCCCAAAACUAUCCCAAAUUCUACAGCAGAGGGAGCCAGCCCCAUGCCAAAACUCUAGCACACUGCUCCGAGACAUCUGCCAGCAUCCAUGAUUCAGUGGAGAUGCUGAGCCAAGGCUGGGGUUGGGUGCAGCAUGAAGGAGAGAGGAGGCAAAAGAGCGUGAUGGGGCCAGGACCACUGCUUGCUGGGGCUGGGUAGAUGACAGUAGGGCUCUGUAUGGUCACUGCUCACAGCAGAGAGCACCUGCCAAUCCCCUCGCCAGCCUCCUGCCUGGUACCUUGUUCCACUGCCUGCUCCAAGUGCAGGGACAGCAGCAGAAGGGGCCUGAGUGCACUUACAGGGUUCAUCUGUCCCCACACCCCAACCAUGUCCAGGAGUUGGGGGCCUGGCCUGCUGCACCCCAAGGUCCUCUGCAACCCUUGGUGCUGCUGUCAGUCUCAGAGUCUGCACAGAAGCUGCUGGGGCACUACAGGUUCCUCAGCCCCUCAGGUAGAGCCAUUGCUACCACCUAUGCCUCCAGACACCAAGUCUGCACAUAUGCCUCUGAGUAGGGGACAUAUAGAUGCUAUGCAGGUAGGGCACGAGGCAGUUCCAGAGCAAAUAGCUCAGGACAUUGCUUCCAAACACUGGG